AUGGUUUUAAUACAUGCAAAAUCAGUAGAAGAGAAUGAUCAAUUUUUAUAUGAAACUAACGUAAAUGUUUUAAUAAAAGAACUAAAAGAGGAGUUAGUAAAUGUUCGAAAUCUUAGAUGCAAAAUUUUGAAGCUUCUAGAAGCUUCACUAGAUUUAGCAAAGCAUGGUCCCCUCAGACCAGAGGAAUUAAGAGGAAUAUCAGACGAGGAACUGAAAAUAUCAGGUUCAAAUAUUUACAAUUCAAAGGAAGUAACAAGUCCAGAUGAACACAAUUUUAGGACAGGCAUAACACCUCCAUACGAAGGUGUAGUCAAACUUCUUGGAGCAAUUGAUAAGGUGAAAAUUGAAUUGUCUCCUGAUAGGAUCGAGAAAAACGUUACGAUAACUUUGAACAAAUUAAAUGAAUUGUUAAAUUUAAUUGUUGACAAUUUAUAUAUUUGUUAUCCGUCAAUGGAAAACCUGCCCUCGUAUGACCCUACGCGACUGAUAUUGGAAAAGGACAACUACUUUAAAGAUGAGAUUACAAGCAGUGAAACUUCUCUGUGGUGGGCCGGAAAGGAGCUUUUAGAAAAUACAUACUUAAAAAGUUUAAUUGGAAAAAAUGAGAAAACUAAAAUGAUUGUAAAAAUUCAUCCAACCAAAUCAGGACCCCCAGAAAGAGAAGCAAGAAUAGACAAAGAGACUUACAAGGCCAUGUUAGCAUAUUACCAUAAAAAACAAAAAGAAGAAAAAGAAUUUGAAGACGAUGACGAUGAUUCUUAUUUAAAUUCUGAAUGGGCAAACCCUUUAAGUUUACAGAAACAGUUACAUGGAAAUUUAAGCAAUAUUAAAUGGAAACCGUAG